AUCCCCUACCCCUUUUGUUGAGUCGCCAGCCAUCAUCAAGCUCCUCCACCUUCCAACUCCCGCCACUGCCACCGCCACCGCCACGCCACCACCAGAAAUACCGCCAACUCCUCCUCCUCCACCUCCUUCAUCGUCAUGUCCAAGUGCCCGAACCACGGCGGCCACCGGUGGAGUAAAAUAUGGAGGAGAGUGUUCGUGGUCAGCCUGGUGGUGCUCUUCAUAAUCCUGCUCAUAGUGCUGAUAACAUGGGCCAUCCUCCACCCCCACAAGCCCCGCUUCACCCUCCAAGACGCCACCGUCUACGCCUUCAACGCCUCCGCUAGCCCCAGCCUCCUCACCUCCACCUUCCAGGUCACCAUCUCCUCCCGCAACCCCAACGACAACAUUGCCAUCUAUUACGACCGCCUGGAGGCCUACGCCACCUUCCGCGACCAGCAGAUCACGCUCACCACUCUCGUCCCUCCAACCUACCAGGACACCCACGACGUCGACGUGUGGUCGCCCUUCCUCUACGGCGUCUCCGUCCCCAUCUCUCCCUACAACGCGGCCGCGCUGACCCAGGACCAGAACAUCGGGUUCGUGGCGCUCAUGAUCAAGCUGAGAGGGAAGGUGAGAUGGAGAGUCGGGUCCUUCACCUCGGGAGGGUACAGCCUUUUCGUCAACUGCCCGGCGUACAUUACGUUCGGGAGCCGGAGCACGGGGAUCGGGGUUGGGAACAACGCGGUCAAGUACCAGUUGAUGCAGACUUGCAGCGUUAGUGUCUGAUGAUCGACGCUACUGCCUGCUGUUAUAUGUUGCUUUUACUGGCGCUGGUACAAAUCGUCAAAUAGCUUCUCCUUUUUUUCUUAAAACUAGCUUCUUCCAUCAAUAAUUUGUUCCUCCUCUAUUUCUCCUUAUUUCUAAUCGUCUGCAACACAGUGGGUACAUUACAUUAAAGCCAUUCCCUCAAUCAUGUGGAUGAUACCAGAGAGGUUUUUCCAGAAGAAAAGAUGGAUAUGUCAGCAAAUCCAUUGGUAUAAUAUCGACAUUGUUAUGUUUACAUGAAUGAAGUCUGUAAGUAUUUGGGUAAGAAAGAUAAAAGGAAGUGUCGAAAUUU